AUGCCUCACUACACUCAGAUUCCCAACUACGCACCCCUCAGAAAAACUAGCCACACGUCAAAAGUUGCAAUAGCCACAUUCCUGUCUGGUGGCGAAGAUCCCUCCGCGCUCCCAGAAGACGACUUUUAUUUUCAAGCCACCAGAACACUGACAUAUCAGCUCUUGCACGAUCCCAAAACGCGGUCAAAGAGAACUGAUAUUCCCUUCCUUAUCCUCUGCACCCAAAGCGUUGCCACUCCAAAACUCAAACGCUUAGAACUCGACGGUGCAACAGUGAAAGUUGUACCCGAUGUGCCCCUUUCGUUCUGGAUAUCGACAGGAGUAACACGAUGGAAAGACCAGUUCACCAAAUUGCGGAUAUUUGAGAUGGUAGAGUACGAGCGGAUUUUGUUCAUAGACGCUGAUACGUUGAUUGUCGAGCCACUUGAUGGGAUUUUCGACGAAGUGAUGAUACAGACUCCUAUGACUUCACUCCUACAUAGAACCCAAGAGGUAAAGUCCGACGAAAUGCCAGUACCCAGCAACUAUACCUUCGCCGCCCGCAGCGAUAAUGCCUUCUCCGGAGAAAGAAACCACCCUUACCCACCUCCCCCGACCGACAGUUUCUCAGCUGGAUUCUGGAUUGCGGCACCGAGUAAGGAAAUGUUUGAAUACUUGAUGAGUGUGAUGAGACAUUGGAGGAGGUUUGAUCCCCAUACAAUGGAGCAGAGUUUGUUGAAUUAUGCGUUUAGAAGGGAGGGGCCAAUGCCGUGGUUCGAAUUGGGGUGGGAGUGGAGUGCUACGUGGCCGAGCUUGAAGGAUUGGGAGGCAGGUGUAAAGAGCCUGCAUGAGAAAUGGGAUCGUACGGGACCAAAGGAAAUUAGAGAGAGGUGGCAGAAAGUGAAGAGCGAGAUGGAAGUUUUUCAACAGAGGCUUCGGGAGUGA